UAAUGAGAGUAACAUCAUUAUUGUUGAUACUUCUAAUAAACAGUGUUAUAGGCACUAAAUCAAUUUAUGAAAUAUCAUAAAAUGAAUAUGGAAAAACAGUGCUUUAAGCAAUAUAAUUAACAUUGAAUGAGGAACCAGCCUCAUUUGGAAGGACAAUAGAUUUAUUAUAAGAAUUAAAAAAGGGAAUUCAAAAUGAUUAAGAUGAAGAUUCUGGACUUUUAGCUGAAAGAUUGGAAACAUGUGAAACACAUAUUUCAUAAAAUUCAUAAACAAUAUCAGAUUCAUAAACAAAAUUAGCAUAAGCUUAAGAAUAAGUUGGUCCACUUGAAUAAAAAUUACUAGAUAAAAGACAUUAGGCAGAAGAUAAGGAAGGUGAAGAAUAGAGAAACAAUGAUAGAAUAAAUAAGUUGAUUUUAUAAAGAUAAGAAUCUAGAUAAUAAUUUGAGAGUAAAAGAGAUGAAUUAACAUCUAUUGUUGGAGCAUUAAGUGAAGCUAAAAAAAUUAUUGGUUCUAUUAAAACAGAUCCUACUGCUUUAAUUUAAUUAAAAAAUCAUAAAGAAAAUAUAUGUAAUUAUUAAGAAAGUAAAAUUAGUAAAUUAAAUUUAAAAGUCAUCAAUGUUUUAUACUUUGAUUCAUUCAACACUUUCUUUAAUAUAAUAAGGAACAAGUCAAGAAAAAGUAAUUAGAAUUAUUGAUGAUUUGAUUGAUGAAGUUUAUUAAGUUUAGAAAUUAGAAAUGAUUGCUGAUGAUCAAAGAGAAGCAGACUUUAUUAAAACUAAGUAAUUUUAGAUUUUAAUAUUUUAGAAUACGUUUUGAAUUUGCAAAUACUAGAUUAAAUACUAAAAUUGCUGAAUUAAGAGCUGAUGUGCAAUAAUUAUAAUAAUAAUUACUAGAAUUAAAUAACAAUAUUGCAAUUUAUUAAGACUUAGUCAAUCUUAAAACUAAAGAAAAUGCAGAUUGGCAAUAAUCUUGCAAUGAUGCAUAAAAUAGUCAUAAUGGAUUGACAGAUUAUAGAACUUAAUAAAUUACAAUUAUUGAUGAGUGCAUAUCAUUAUUAUAAGGACAUGACCCAGAAAUCACAUAAUUUAUUUAGAGAUUUGUUUGAA